GCCGCCGGCCGGGUUCUUCACACAGCGCACCGACCGGGCACACAGCGCAUACAUUGAUUCCACUUUCUCCUCCGCUUCGCGAACAAAAAGCAGACGGGAGAAAUGGCGGCGGAGACGUUCCUCUUCACGUCCGAGUCGGUGAACGAGGGCCACCCCGACAAGCUGUGCGACCAGGUCUCGGAUGCCGUACGUGCUGGACGCCUGCCUGGCCCAGGACCCCGACAGCAAGGUGGCCUGCGAGACCUGCACGAAGACCAACAUGGUCAUGGUGCUGGGCAAGAUCACCACCAAGGCCACCGUCCACUAUGAGAAGAUCGUGCGCGACACCUGCCGCAGCAUCGGCUUCGUCUCCGACGACGUCGGCCUCGACGCCGACCGCUGCAGGGUGCUCGUCAACAUCGAGCAGCAGUCCCCCGACAUCGCCCAGGGCGUCCACGGGCACUUCACCAAGCGCCCCGAGGAGGUGGGCGCCGGCGACCAGGGCAUCAUGUUCGGCUACGCCACCCACGAGACCCCCGAGCUGAUGCCCCUCAGCCACGUGCUCGCCACCAAGCUCGGGGCCCGCCUCACCGAGGUCCGCAAGAACGGCACCUGCGCCUGGCUCAGGCCGGACGGCAAGACCCAGGUCACGGUCGAGUACCUGAACGAGGGUGGCGCCAUGGUCCCUGUCCGCGUGCACACCGUGCUCAUCUCCACCCAGCACGACGAGACCGUCAGCAACGACGAAAUCGCUGCGGACCUCAAGGAGCACGUCAUCAAGCCGGUGAUCCCGGGCAAGUACCUCGACGAGCGCACCAUCUUCCACCUCAACCCGUCGGGCCGCUUCGUCAUCGGCGGCCCCCACGGCGACGCCGGCCUCACCGGCCGCAAGAUCAUCAUCGACACCUACGGUGGGUGGGGAGCCCACGGCGGCGGCGCCUUCUCCGGCAAGGACCCCACCAAGGUCGACCGAAGCGGUGCCUACAUCGCCAGGCAGGCCGCCAAGAGCAUCAUUGCCAGUGGGCUCGCGCGCCGUUGCAUCGUGCAGAUCUCGUACGCCAUCGGCGUGCCUGAGCCUUUGUCUGUCUUCGUAGACUCGUACGGCACCGGGAAGGUCCCCGACGGGGAGAUCCUCGUCAAGGAGAACUUCGACUUCAGGCCCGGGAUGAUCAGCAUCAACCUCGACUUGAAGAAGGGCGGGAACAGGUUCAUCAAGACAGCCGCUUACGGUCACUUUGGGCGCGAUGACGCGACUUCACCUGGGAGGUGGUGAAGCCCCUUAAGGUCGGCAAGGCAUCUGCGUGAGAAGUGACAACAAGACAUCACUUGGGGUUUAUUCGCUCAUUACUUAUCUCUCUUGGAUUAUUGUUGCCACCUGUCAUUGCUAGUCAUUUUUCACAGGGCGAUGAAAGUAAUAAAAGCAUAUAGUUAGUAAUAUAGGCCAACAAUCGGCUAUAAAAUGUUGCCAUGUCAACUAUAACUGACCUAAUAGCCGGGCAUGUAUAAUAGUAAAUUUUAAAUGUGUACUACUUUAUUAAUAGAUGA